UACGGAAGUGCGUCUGUAGCCGCUGUCCUGUAGAUAGACAGCUGGGAUGUUCAAACACGUGUUUCUGACCGGACCUCCAGGUGUUGGGAAAACCACUCUGGUCCAAAAAGUCUGUGAAGCUUUAGUGUCAUCAGGAGUGGGAGUAGAAGGAUUUUACACAGAAGAGGUCAGGGAAGGAGGCAGAAGGGUCGGCUUUGAUGUUGUCACACUUGCAGGAGAGAGGGGCCACCUGUCCAGAAUCAGAGAAGGUCCUGGAACCUCUCACGGCAGACGGGAAUACAUGGUGGGACAGUAUGUGGUUGACUUGCCUUCAUUUGAAAACCUGGCCCUUCCCCUCUUCAGACAUGCAGGAACAGCAGGUGGAGGCAGCAGGAAGGUGUUCAUCAUCGAUGAGAUCGGCAAAAUGGAGCUUUUCAGUCAGUCCUUCAUCAGAGCGGUGAGGCAGACUUUAGACAGCUCAUCUUGCACCAUCCUGGGCACCAUCCCAGUUCCCAAAGGGAAACCGCUCGGUCUGGUCGAGGAGGUCCGAAGCAGACCAGAUGUCAAGGUUUUCACUGUGUCAAAGGAGAACAGAAAUGCUCUUCUAGAAGAUAUUUUAGCGACGCUGCGAGAGUGUUUUAAACGCAGCAGCCAGAGCCAGUGAAGGAAAAUCCCCUGCAGUUCGGUCGUGUUUUUGCUGACAUCAAUAUCCUUUUGUGUCCGUGCAUAUAUGCUUCACACAAGUGAACCUCUUCAAGGUUAAAAACGGUGGUGUGACCUACAUGAGAGGAAACCAGAGCUGCUGGUAGGGUUGUUUUGUCACAUGUAUAUAUGCACGAUGUACAGAAUAUCUUUCUCUUACCACCCCAGAAAAUAUCACAUGCUUAAUAAUUGAUUGUGAAAAAGAACACCAUAGGACAGUUAGAUUCUUUAUGUUUCUUAACAGUUUAGUUGUACUUUCUUUAAAUGAUUACAGUUGAUGUUUUCUUUCAAUAAAGCCGAACACAAAGCAGUGACCCUGGUGAUUGUAUUAAUUCUUCCCUACCCAGGCCUCCCUCAUGUUUAUCUUUUCAGCCUCAGCCUUUGCUCACAGAAAAUCAAUGCAUAUUUAAUUGCACCACUAUUUGCUCUCUUUUCUUAGGGUUUAUUCACCUGCUACCACAAACAAAUAGCAUAGAUAUGAAGUACCUUGCAAAUGUAUUCAAACCUCUUUUUCUCAGUUUUUUCUCUAAUUUUCUCACUAUUUAAACUUAUUUUACUGGAAAAAGUUGCACAAUAUGCAGAAUCAAGAUCAUCAUCCCGGUUUUUAUGUGUGCUGAAUGGGAGUCCCAGACGACUGCUUUCAUGCAAUAUUUUGAACGAUGUCUAUGGCAAGUGCGAUGCAUUAAAUUCUGCAGCCCAGUUUCCUUUCAGUCUUGUUUGAUAAACUUUGA